GCAGGUUUCAGAGCCAACAAAAGGAUGAGUGGGUGGGGGGGGCUAGUGGAUUGUGUUUAUGGCUGUAAGGGGGGGGCUUGGUUUCCUCAUAUUAUGGUGUCACGUGCCAACCGCUGCAGACAGAGCAGGACGAAAGCCCAGAUGGAGCGACCUCGAGUGGGGAAGCGCACUCGACCCUCUUUUCCCUCUCAACUCUUGUCUUUUCCCAUUACUUCCUGCUAACAAUGUCUGGUUCUCUUCCCGCCAGACGUUCUUUAGUGCAGCUCGCCGCCGACAUCUUCUUUGACAGCACUUUCCGCUUUUAACGUUUCCUCCUCGCAAGCCUUUUUCUCACCAAUUACUCCUCCUUUUUCCACCGGUCCUCUGCAACCCCCUCUCCUUUCACCUCUCGUCUUUUGGAUGGACAGCUACUCCCUCCUCUACAGUUCCUCCCAACGAACUGGACUCCUUUCCGGCUUCCAGCGCCUGCGCUCUCAGGGAAACAUGUGCGACGUCGUCCUGGAGGUCGACGGCGUGUCUUACCCGUGUCAUCGCGCCCUUUUGGCCAGCUCCAGCGAUUAUUUUUGGGCUCUGUUCGGAGAGGCCACCGCCGAGAGAUUAGCGGGCUCCAUUAGCCUCCCGGCGCUAACACCCGAGGGUUUAGACGCCGUUCUGGACUUCCUGUAUUCCGGGUGGCUCAGCAUAUCGUCCCCUACACUUGCUGUUGUCUUAGAGGCAGCCAGGUACCUGCAGGUGGAGACCGCCGUGUCCAUAUGUGAGCGCUUUAUGACGGAUGGUUUGAACAAGGACAAUUGCUGUUGCUAUGCUAACCUGGCCGAGCAUCACGCCCUCUCAGAUGCCCUUGAGGCUGCCAAUCAGACCAUCGCUAUAGAGAUGGGGGCGUUGGUGCAGGAAAGCAGGGAUGACCUUCUCAGGUUGAACGUGCGAUCACUGAUGGCGGUGCUCGACGCCGACGAGAUACCUGGCGUCGAGGAGGUGGAGCUCGUAAAGCUGGCUCUGGAUUGGCUGGAUAAGAAUGGGCCCCUCCCCCUGCUGAAAUCAAAUCUCCUGCUGAGCAAACUGCGCUUCGGACUGGUCGCCCCCGCUGACCUCAGCGGGCUCCGCCACAGAGCCAUGGCCACACCUCUCAUCAGAGGCCAGCUGACCCGGGCCUCGGAGUACCACGAGCUGGGUCCCGCUCAGCCAAUCAGACAGAGCAAACAGUCGACGCUCAGGGCGUCGCCCGAUCGCGUGCUGCUCGUGGGCGGGGGCCGCACCCCCGACUGGCCGGAGCAGGAGAUGCUGGCGUUCGACCCCAGGAGCAGGACGUUUUCCCCCCUGAGCUCCGGCGUCCCCCGGCGACUGAGAAACCACUGCGCGGUGUCGGUGGGGGGUUUCCUCUUCGUGAUCGGCGGGGAGGAAGUGAGCGGGGGCGGAGACGGAGGAGACGGCGGAGACGGCGGCGACGAAGGUGCAAGGCCCCUCACCGCGGCGACGUCCAAGCACGCGUGGCGCUACGAUCCGCGCUUCGACCGCUGGGAGGCGAUGCAGCCCAUGCUGGAGAGGCGGGAUCAGUUUACCUGCUGCGUGGUGGGCGAGGCCAUUUACGCCAUCGGCGGACGGCACACGCGGCCCGGCGACGACACUCGCACGUCCGUGGCGUCUGUCGAGUACUACGACCUGGCCACCGGGGCGUGGAGGAGAGGAGCGGCGAUGCCUCGCCCGCUCUACGGCCACGCGUGCGCCGCGCUCGGCGCCGGCGUCUACGUGUCAGGCGGGCGCUCGGCCAGCCAGGGCGGCGGUAACCGCGGGGACAGCAGCCGAGAAGUCCAGUUCUGGGACCUGAAAGGCAGAGUUUGGGAGAAGCGAGCGCCCAUGUCCAUCGGCAGGUUCGGGCACCGCAUGGCGGCGGCCCGCGGUUUCAUCUUCGCCCUGCUGGGCAUGUACGAGCCCUUCUGCGACAUCGAGCAGUACGACGCGCGGUCGGACCACUGGACCCGCCUGCGCCCGCUGCUCACCGGCUCCUUCGACUACGGGGUGGCGCCGACGCCGGCGGGGAACCUGCUGGUGUUCGGCGGGAGGAGGUGGAGCGACGGACGGCAGGUGGCGGCGAGGAGUGUGUUGGAGUACGACACGAAGACGGAUCGCUGGAGGGAGAUCUGUCAGCUCCCCAGACCUCUGGCCGGGGCCGAGUGCGCGCUGCUGCCUCUGCCGGGCUGAAGUGGACCCGGAAACCGCCUCACUCACAAGAACAAGAAGAUUCAUGCGGCACCGGAAACUAAGCCAAAUACCAGGAGACAGUUAGCUUAGCACAGUUAGCUUAGCACCGUUAACAUAGCGGGAUUUUAACACUUUGGCUUUUGUAUCAUACAUGUUUCAUUUAACAUACAUUCUACAGUGCACAUUGUGUUUUUUUCCCAUCUUACUCGGAAAUACACAAAUCUGCAUUUUCAGAUGUCACUGACGAGUCUGUGCGUUAAAUAUGAAGCUAAGCGAUAUGAAACGGUUAUGCUUAUGCAACCUUUUCCAACAGAUUGUUUCACGACUGCACCUUCAAUACAAAGAUCAAUUCAACACUGAAUCCCUAAAAGCAUCUGAAAGAAAUCCGUUACCAUUCCAAAUGAAUAAAACUGAAUUGACAAAGUGAUUUGGUCUGAUAUGUGAGUCUAAACUUUAUCAUUGAAAACCAGUUGAUGCUAAUUCCUCGCGAGGAUUAGGCUAAACAUUUUAUUUUUGAAAAUUUGCAAAGAAAAGUGAGUUAGCGUAGCUUCCAUUAACUAGUUUGGAGAGUUUAAAUUUGGCAAUAAGACACGUUCGGCUGUUCUGGGAAUAUUAGAAGGCGGCAGCUACUAAAAAACACUUAAAUGAGCUAAGAGAUCUCAUUUUCAGGGCUUUCAAACAGCUUUUGAAUGCGAAAGUGCACAACGCGUGCAUAGAAUUACGUGAGUGAAACAGCCUCUGCAGCCACUUAAACUGUAAUAAAACUCGGGCCGUCGUGGUUGCUUGGAAACAGAACAUUCAACUGAAAGUGUCUGCUGGUUUGAGAUCAGCCGUGACGGCAGCGUUGAGGGAACCGAGGCGGCGGGACGCAAUUGUUCAUUUGGGAAAAGGAGCAGAGCUGAGUUUCUAAACCCGGAGGAUCUCUGGCGGUUUGUCACAGACUCUCUGUCUCUUCCUGCGUCGCCGACGGCGACGGAACAGCAGCUGUUACUCCUCUUCCUCCUCCUCCUCCUCCUCCUCCUCCUCCUCCUCUUCCUCCUCCCAGUCCACCGAAGCGAGAACAAACCACAAAUACACCUCGAUCAAAAUGACCACACUUUAUUUAUCCGCUCCUCUCCUUUUUCCCCCGACAGCAACACGUAGAAUGAUAAAUAAAUACUCAUUAUCGUACCACCAUUUAAAGACAUGAAACCCACCUGCACCUCAACUGUUUCCCGAAGAAAGAAACCCUGAUAGAAUUAGAGAACAUUAUCCAAGACACUUCAUUUGCUCUCUGAGAAGAGAGAUCUACCCUAACGACAGAUUUCAAACACCAAAAAACAGAAGAGGAAUAUUGCGUUAAUACAAUACAGACAUGCUACUACAACCAACCACGGGCAGCAGCAUAGAAAGAGCGUUCAAACUGUGUGUUCGUUGUGUGUUCGUUGUGUGUUCGUUGUGUGCACGAUUGCUCUCAUAGUUUUGUGCAGCGGCUCUGAAUAUCAAGCCAUUUGGCAGGAAGCGUACGAAGAACAAACUAUUAUAUUGUUAUUAGAUCCAUAUUUCAAUUCCUAUGCAAAUGUUUCCUCGUAUUCUCUAUGUCGCAUGCAGGAUACAUGAGGAACGAAUACACCAAAAGAAACUUUUAAACAGUCGUAUAUAAUAUAGGUCUCAGGAGAUAUUUUGUCAUUUUCCCUGCUUAUUACUUUAGCUCCUUCCUUUUCUACGGCGGCUCAAACAAUCCGGCGUUUUUAUUUAAAGUGCUAAAGCCUCUGAGUUAUGUCUUGUGUGCAUAUAAUCAUUUGCAAAAUAGUAUGACGUUUUCUAUCUGAGACUUCCUAAAAUUCCUUAAGUGGCAAAAUAGGGAUCAUUUAGAAGGCAAUGGAUCAAACAGCUCCAUUUUGUGGAGAUCCAGAUGUGAUGGAUUCCAUUACAAUUCGGAGCGGAUCCGAAUCACGUGAUGACCACAUGAACUCUUCCAACAUGAGCUGGUUUCAGUGGACGUUCCAUUUUGAUCUGAAGACGUUUCGCGUUUCCGCCAAAUCGAUGGUGAUUUAAAGGGAACAUUUAUGUCUCGGAUUUAAUUAAGGAGCUCCAACACAGGCAGCUGAUCCAUAUCAAUGAUUUCUUUCUAGGACAAGUGUCGCUGGAGGUAAAAUCACCCCGAAAGAGAUAAUAAAGUGACGGCAUGAGAGGGAAACAUCAAUUACUACGACAUGGGCCUCGGAAUCCUAUGGUUGCUGUGAGAAAACAGUGUCAAAAAGUGUUGUUUAAGAUGGCCUUUUCCUGGAGGCAAGUGUGCACCAUUCAGGUCCAGCCCAGCACGGUACCCGACCAGGACAAUCAAAACUCUCUAAAACCACAAACUAAGACUAGUUAUUUAGCAAAAUAAUGUGAAAAAAAAAAUGUUCUUUGCUGUCACUCACUGUACAGACAACAUCAUCAAGUGUAAGGCUCUGUCUCUGAGACACUGGGCCGUCGUUACAAGCAGGAUGAGGCAGGGCGGCACAACGGCGGCUCCUUGAAGACACGACCCCCUCCCCCCCCACCCCCCAGA